AUGGUUUCGAAGCUGAAAGUCCUGGCCUCCUCGGCUGCCUCCCAUGGCAAACUGGAGACCAUGGAGCGGGAAGCUGUGGACAUCUUCCGCAAAGCCGUUGAGCUCGACGAGAUCUUCCGACUUUCCCGAUCGGACUACCAGAUUUUUAUCACGCGUCUUUCCCCGCCACAAGCCAAACCGCCUGAUUUGGGUUUCGACUUUGACACCCGAACUAUGGAAAUCAUCCGAGACUUUUCAACAAUGUCCCCACCGGAAAAGACCACGAAAGUCGACCUCGCCAUUUCACCCGGGAUACUGAAGGCCGGCAACACAGACGGGACCAAUUACGGAACCGAGAGUAUUCUAGCCAAGUUACGAGCCCUCUGCAACCUAAAAGAACUGUUGCAGAUGUUCGCACCCGACCCCAACCCUAACCAAGAAGGAGAGACACGCAACAACCAAGUGAUGUUGUCGUCCCCCAAAACGUUGCAGCCCCAGAUCGAAACCGAACGCACCUCUUCGUCUGCAGCUAUCCCCAUGCCCACCGCAGACGUCUUCAAAAAGAAGGAAUCCCCCAAAAGGCUGCAGCCCCAUGUCAAAACCGAAUCCACCUUUUCUUCUUCUGCACCAAUUCCCAACUUUUCUUCUUCUUCAUGUGACCCCAUGCCCAUCUCGGACGUCUUCAUCAAGAAGGAACCGGCCGGGGAGACAGACGACGAAGUCAGCAUGCUGGUGGAGCCUGCUCCCGAGAAGGCCGUGGAGCAGCAACAACAGGACCAAAAUCGGGGCUUGUAUCCCCGCUUGCCGCAGUUCAUGUGGGGGGGGCAGGUCUUAAGUAAGGCAGCAGGACGCGCGGGGGUGGAUAUGUAG